CCGCGGCUUCAGGCGCUACCGUGUUGGGGGCGGGGGAGGGCUUUUUCUCGUCGACAUGGCGCUUGCUCUGAACUCCUUGCUGGGCAGGGGUGUCCGUGCAGCGGUCGCUCGCUGUGGGUUUGCCACCCGGGGCGUGGCGAUCCCGGGAUCUGUCGGCCGUGAGCCGGACCCCGAUUCCGACUGGGAGCCGGAGGAGCGGGAGCUGCAGGAGGUGGAGAGCGCCCUGAAACGACAGAGAAAAGCUAUCCGGUUCCAGAAAAUUCGGAAGCAAAUGGAGGCGCCAGGUUCCCCGCCCAGGACCCUGACGUGGGAAGCCAUGGAGCAGAUCCGGUAUUUACACAGGGAAUUUGCAGAGUCCUGGUCCGUUCCCAGAUUGGCUGAAGGCUUUGAUGUCAGCACUGAUGUGAUCCGAAGGGUUUUAAAAAGCAAGUUUGUGCCCACAUUGGAGCAGAAACUGAAGCAGGAUCAAAAAGUCCUUAAGAAAAUUGGGCUUGCCCGCUCGCUCCAGCAGCUCCCAGGCUCUGGGGAUACCUCAGCACCGCUUUCUGCAAGCCAUUCUGUAUCGGGCUCUUUGCUGAUGCCAGGGGAUGAAGCCUCAUCCAAAGGCCAUGGUCACAGCACAGCUUUGAAAGUGACAGAAUUGAACACUCACAGAACAAAUACACCAAGGAGACAGAAGGAAAGGAAUAAAGGAAUCCAGGGACUGGAGGAGGAGAAGAGCUUUGUGCCUGUUGCUGCAGCCCUCGGUCAUCCAAGAGAGCUGCAGAAGUUCUCCACCAGUGACUGUGGGGACACCAGAGGAACUGACAGUGAUGGAUUGCCAAGUGACAAGAAGCUGGCAGAGUUGAAGGCAGGGGAGCCAGGUGACCAGAACUUUAGCAACAAAGUCGUGCAGAGGGGACGAGAGUUCUUUGACAGCAAUGGGAACUUCCUGUACAGAAUUUGAGCUGGAGCCUGGCUUGUGGAAAUGCCACAUGAAACACAGCUGGGCAAGUAUAUUUGGUUCUGCCUGGAUUUCUGUGUGUGGAUUAUCCACCUUGGAAUGGGGGGUAGUGAUGAGCCUGGAAUGUGGGAUGAAAGAGUUUCUUGGAUUUGAAUCUGACAAAGGGCAGAGAACUUCACAGGGUAGUUAUGUGUGGGAGCGGGGUGAGUGACUGGGUAGAUUCCAGCCUCCUGCAGCACUGCUCCUCCUCUGACCCACGUGGAUCUUCAGGACUCACCCUUCUUGCUUGGGCUCUCUGUAUGUUGAAACCAGCCUGUAUUGCAUGUGUUGUUACAAGUUGCUGUGAUACUUGCAGUAUGUUUGGGAGGAAAUUAAAAGUUUGUCUUCUCACCUCAUUUACUUCUUGAUUAAUGAAUACUAACAGUUCUGGAACUGCUUAGUCAGUUAUCUUCAUUAUGUGCAAAAUAAAGUAAAAUGUAGCAGUC